AUGCAUAUGGAAGUAGUUGACGACAUCCAGGUGGCCCUGGCAUCCCAGCGGGCAGAGGAGAUUGGAAGGGCUAUCGUAACCUCUUGUCGUCAGGCCAGUGCGUUUCAACAUGCUGUGUCAACGAGUCCGUCCGCGAGUCGACUUGUAUCAAAUAUUGAAAACGUAAUCUGCUCUUCUUUGAAAGCCUCCACGAUAAGGGACUACGUUGACCAAAAGAAUGCAAGUGGACAGCUGGAACAGUUUUGGAAUCAACAUGGCUCAAGCUCGUCAAAACAAAGCCUUAGUCCCCAUGACAUUCGAUUAACUCUUCAAAUUUUAGAACGAGAGCUUCUGACCUUUAGCAGCACCAAAAAGAAAUUGCGACAUGUACUAGAACGAGAUUUUGGUCGACCAUGGGUUUUUCAACGUCAUCCUGCAAGAUGUACGGGGUUGGCGGCCGUAUCAGUUGCCAGCGUAAAGGCAGUGUCUGACAAUUCAGGGUAUCUAGGUGGGACGGGGCUCUUGGAAGAGAAAAUGACAAUGGGUUUAGAUGCUGCAUCUGCCUUUGCAUCAAAUAACAUCAUACAACCGAUUACGCGUUUAUACGAGCAGGUCUUUACUGUAUCCGACACGUCGGCUAGUGCGGAGUCUGUCGCCGAGAACCGGGCUAUUUUGCGCAAAAUGCUCAUUGACUUCACCGAGAAGAACCUUGCUGGGGUUGAAGGGGCCGAGAAGAUGGCGGAAGAGUGUUCCAUGACGGCUGUUAUGAACAUCAUAAUGCAACAGGCACGGCAUCCAAUUCGCAACUCAAUUUCGGGAAGCCUUGGUCAAGCGUUCAUCUUGCAGGUGCAGAAGCUUAAAUGUGAUGUCGAAGAACUCAUGCUGAAAAGCAAGCAAAUGAUUCGCGCUCAGGAGCUUAAUCUUACUCUCAUCGCUUUGGUACCUUCUCUACUUACUGCUGCAGCUCUGACUUACUUCAUCUCAACAUUUUCACUGCAUUGGAGAUCAAGGAACAUGCAUCUUCUGGUCUCUGGUGGUCAGACAGUGCGAUUUAUUCUUAGUGACAUCCAAAAAACGCUUAUUACCAUCGAGUCGAAUGAAUCCAUCGACAUGCACACCAUGGGAUCGAUCUUAUCGUAUAUGAGGCAGACAGGAUCUGUUCACCUGAAAAUCUGUGAAUUGGAGGAAAUAGUUAACAAGGGGCUCAUAAAAGCACCUGAGAGCGUGCUAUACCGGUUUGCUCGCGACUUGAAGCUACUCCGCUCGACUUCUACAACAAGUUCCUGCCGAAGAAGGCAGAUAUGUCGAAUACUGCAAACCUAUGACUUUCUGCAACACAAGUGA